AUGCAGAAGAGGAUGGGGGAGGCGGUGGCCCGGGUGGCCAGGAAGGUCAACGACACGGUGGAAAACAAAACGGAUUCCCUGGAUCUGGCCAACUGCAAGCUGAUCGCCUUCCCCGUUGGCAUCUACAAAGCCAUGAGAAGCGUCACUGAGGGGAUCCACUGCAUCUCCCUGGCAAACAACGAGCUGAAGUCCAUCACCAGCCGGUUCGUCACCACCUUCAGCGGGAUUCGGGAACUCAACCUGGCAGGCAACUACCUGCACCGCCUGCCCGAGGAGGUCACCUCCCUCCUGCACCUCCGGGCCAUCAACCUCUCCCGCAACAGGUUUCGGCGCUUCCCCGAACCCCUUGCUGCCGUCACCACCCUGGAGACCAUUGACUUGGAAGAGAAUGAGAUCACAGGCUUGGAGGAGGCUGGCAGGAGCUGGUGGCCACCGAAGGAUGCAGAGGUGCCGGUGGAGAAACUGGCCUCCAUGGCAUCGCUGCGGAGCCUCAACCUGCGGGAGAACCCCGUCGGCCCCGAGACUCGGCUGCUCGUCCGGCCCCUCGUCCCCUUCGACCUGCUGCUGUCACCGGAGGAGCCCGUCCCCCAACCAUGA